CCUAACAGGAUUCCAACAAGCGAUCAUAGGGCUUGGAACGUUGGUGAUGAUGCCUUUAAUAGGGAAUAUGUCGGACAAGUAUGGCCGGAAAGCUUUGCUUACAGUUCCAUUGAGCCUUGUAAUAGUUCCCUCAGCCAUAUUGGCCUACAGCAGAACGAGGAACUUCUUUUACGCGUACUAUGUCGUCAAGACUCUCAUUGCCAUGGUCUGCGAGGGAAGCGUCCCAUGCCUUGCCCUCGCCUAUGUGGCAGACAAUGUUCCCGAGGGUCGGCGAGCAUCGGCGUUUGGGAUUCUUUCAGGCAUUGCGUCCUCCGCUUUCGUAUGCGGAAACCUUUCCACUCGUUUCCUCUCCACCGCCUCCACCUUCCAGGUUUCUGCCUCGGUAGCAAUCGCAUCUCUAGUGUACAUGAGAUUUUUUCUCCAGGAUUCCAUCAUUGAUGAACAACUAACGGCUCCAAUAUUAACUUCUAAGGGGAAACCAAAAGGAAAAGGAAAAGGAAAAGAUUAUGCUACAAAUGAGAUUCCAAGUAAAAAUGUGCAGAUUUUUAAAUCAGCGCCUUCCUUGGAGGAUAUGCUCUGCUUGCUUAAAAGCAGCGUGACGCUUUCGCAAGCUGCCGUUGUCGCAUUUUUCUACAGUCUCGCGGAAGUUGGUCUUCAUGCUUCGUUACUGUAUUAUUUGAAGGCACGAUUUCACUUUAACAAGGACCAAUUUGCUGACUUGAUGGUAAUUACUGGAAUUGCAGGGACUCUUUCACAGUUGGUUCUUAUGCCUAUACUGGCUCCUGCUCUAGGAGAAGCAAGGCUGCUUGCAGUAGGGCUCUUUUUUACAUGUGUACAUGUGUUUCUUUACAGCAUUGCGUGGACCUUCUGGGUACCUUACGUUGCUGCCAUGUUCUCCGUUCUGAUUGUCUUUUCACAACCAUGUAUGCGGAGCAUUGUGUCUAAGCAAGUUGGAUCCUGUGAGCAGGGGAAGGCUCAAGGGUGCAUUUCUGGUAUAAGCUCCUUUGCUAAUGUCAUUUCUCCCUUGCUUUUCUCUCCUUUAACAGCUUUAUUUCUCUCUGAAAGGGCACCAUUCCACUUCCCUGGUUUCAGUAUUAUGUGCGUCGGAUUUGCAUCGAUGAUAGCCUUCAUCCAGAGUCUCAUGAUAAGGAUCGCUCCUCCCAUUGCAAAUGAGAAGGUCUGUAAUUCCAACUACGUGGAUGCCUAGACAUGAAAAUGGUUACUCAAAAGACAGCUAGCCAUGGCUUUUCUGGUUUUAAGCUGAGCCCUAGUAUUUAUUUUUAUCUACAAAACCUCCCAUGCUUGCUGGGAAUUAAGCACUAGAAACCGAGAUUAGAAGUUCUGGAACCCUGAGUCUAGUCUAGCUACAUUGGCCCAGUGACCAAAUGUAUGCUCUAAACCACUUCUUCUCUAGACAAGAACCUUCACAAGAGAAGACAGCACGAUGCCGGAGCUUACAUCCUGGAAGUCAUUGGUGACAGGUGAUGACAGUGUAGGUUCUAUCACGAUCUAUAUGUUGGCGACCCAAAAAUUAACAAACCGACGGCAUGUAUUAUUAUUAUUAUUAUUACUAUUAUUAUAAUGACGAAAAAGUAAGGGAGACGUGUAAACCAGAUUCUAUUAAGUUAAGCUAAAUAGAAAGCUGGUUUUGUUCCCUGUAA